AUGGUCUCGCUCGUCGCGAUCCUCUCCGCUGCUGCGCUCGCAGUCGUCACGCGCCUGCCGUCCCUGCAGUCGGCCGAAGCUGCGUUUGCUGCUUGCGCCGAGGCCCCCGCCAGUCCGGGCGACCGCCGCUCCAACAAGAACCAGCUCAAGGUGGCCACGUUCAACGCCGCGUUCCUGUUCCUCGGCACCGAGUCGCACCAGCUUUCGUGCCCGGGCGACGACUGUCCGUGGACGACGGCGGCCGCUGCCGACAGCCACGUGACGCAGAUCGCCGCGGUCAUCAAGAGCCUCAACGCCGACAUCGUCCAGAUGAACGAGGUCGAGGACUGCACCGUGCUCCAGUCCGUCAUCACCCAGCUCGGAGCGCUCGGCGACUCGACCUACAAGCCGUACCUGGUGAGGGGCACGGACACGUCCACGGGCCAGAACUCGGCGCUGCUCACGCGCGUGGACCCCGUGGUCGACCUGCAGCGCACGGAGGUGCGCGCCUCCAUUCCGGUCAGCGGCUCGACGUGCCCGAGCUCCAGCGGCUACUCGAGCUCAAAGGGGGUGUCCAAGCACUUCUACACGACCUUCAACGUCACGGGCUUCUCCAAGCCGAUCACGCUCGUCGGGGCCCAUCUGCUGGCCAACCCGGAGAGCAAGCCGCGCUGCUUCGAGCGUGAGGCGCAGGCCACAGUCCUCGCGGAUCUGGCCAAGGCUGCGGUCGAUGAGGGCCACCACGCCAUCAUCACCGGCGACCUGAACGACUGGUCCGCGGACGUGCUGGACAAGAACAGCAACAAGCCCAUCAGCGCCGUGCUCUCCAUCCUCGUGAGCGACGGCGACUUCGUCGAGACGGCCAGCAAAGUGAGCCAGGCCGACCGCUUCACCGAGUGGUGGGACGAGGACAAUGACUGCGUUUACGAAGACAGCGAGGUGAGCAGUCUGGACCACAUUCUCGUGUCCAAGUCGCUGUCCCCCGCGCUCUCCAGCGUCUCGUUCAACCACGACCUGUACACGACGUCCUGCAGCGGCUACAACAGCGACCACUACCCCGUCUCCAUCGUCUUGAGCAAGGUCUAA